AGUGAUUUUUUUUGUUCCUGACCCUUCACACUCGUGUACGUCUUUACAGGUUCGCAGCUUAGUGCUAUCUAGAGAUAAUUAAUGAUAAUAUUGUGGUGUAGCCGCGUGGCGUCCUGGUUCCUGCUAACUUUUCAACCCUGCCAAAAAUUUUUCAUUUAUUUGAUCAACCGACCGCGGUACAGGUUGUGCUAAUUAUUGUGGAUAUAUCAGUGUUGUGUGAUUCUCAGAAGUGAGUGAUCGUGGUACGCAAAUUGGUCUCGUUCAUUUAUUGAAUUGUUGUCUUGUCUCCAUAAUUUGUGUUUCGACGAGGUGCCUACAUGCAUCGAGUUUUCAAGCACCGCUGUUACGUCGCAGCCUGACAUAAGCUAACCUUGAAAGGAAGCGGCGAAAAAAUGUUACACGAUCCAACCAGCAGCCGAGCUGGCUCCAAGGAUAGCGCUCAGGUGCCAACGCAGAAGGUGCAUCCUUACGUUUCUAGUGUGGUUGCAUUGGAGCGACAGCUGUGCGCGGCGAAGCAGUUCGGUCUUGGUUUGAACGACCGGUCAAACGUGAGGCUCUACGCUUUCAAUAGGGUGGCGCGGGGCCGAUUCCGUGUCGCCGUAUCGUUGUCGCACGAAGAGCACCCUCAAGACCUGGUGGUGGAUUACGGCUUGGACGGUGCGCCGGUAGCUACAUUUCUUAGACGCUUCAAGGAGCACUGCGCGGAGACCGCGAACUCCCAGCGUGUUUUGCGUAUGCAGCGCAGCAAGUAUUUGCACUGCGGUUCAGCGGCCACGUAUGAUCCCGUGGUGGAGAGUCAGAUGGUAUUCCACGAGCGCAUGUGCACUGUGGGUGUGGAAGAUAUGACGCUCGUGAAUGUAGACGCAGAGGACGAGCGCUUUUCUGAGGUUGUUCCCUCGACGAUGAACCUGGCAUUGUACUGCGCACGAGUCGCGCGACCGGGUCAAUCGGCAGCGCUCGCUUCGCGUCUAAAACUGUUGCUUUUUCUCGAUCGGGAUUGCGGAGACCUUCUGCACGCGCGACAGGACUACGUGCUCUCGAACCGUUUGGAUACAGGCGUGGAGCACGUGGAUCCCGCGCACAAUCGGGCACUGAGGCAGCGGCACGGAAAUCAUAGCCGCCAAGGUGCCCGUCCGGACUCAACCGGAGCAGAGCAAGCCGCCGACGAGGAGGGAGACGCGAUGGGAACUGACGGUGAGCGUGCACAGACGGCGGAACAUCCGCCGAGCGCGGCUCCGCGGGACGUACCGGAGGAGGAAUCGGACAUGGGGAUGGAACCAGGUCAGGAAACCGUGCCGCAAGGGAAGAUGGGUUCGCGCGCGCAUCCGUACUUUGUGCGGACUGCGGGCGAGCAUGCAGUGCGCGACGCGGCACAGCGGAUGGCGCUCCGUGAGGGCAGUGCCGCGUUGCAAGCUGUGGAGACGCAGUGGCGCCAUCACGGUGUCGCUCCGGGCGGUGUGAUGAAGGCUCUAAAAGGAAACGCUUUGCGUUACAAUGACGUGCGAAAGUACAACGGGGAACCUCUGGUUCGUGAGCAGUGGGAUCUAUUACGGGAUUUAACGGCCAACCCCCUCCGAGACACGCUGUGGGACUCCGUACGGACUGGAGGGCCCGAAGACUGGGAUGCGGCAGACUUCUACGAGCCGUACGAGCGCGCAUACUACGCGGCGAUCGAGGCGAAGCGGCUUGCGGAAGAAGAGAAAGAACAGGCGCGGUUGGCUUUACUUAAUGGAGGGGACCCAAAACCGAAGGGAAAAAAGAAGGGCAAAAGCAAGAGUGCAGCGACGGAGGAAGCCCCGGCAGAAGAGGCGCCGCCGCCAUCCGCCGCACCUCUAGAUCUGGGAAUGGAGCCCACGGAUGUUGCCCCUGCGAAUGCCGAUCAAAAAGGAGGCUUAGAGCAGUUCUAAAUAAGAAUUGCAUCAGAACCGUCAACAUUUACAUCAGAACCGUCAAGAUUGACAUCAGAACACAACAGGAGAACAUAUUCAAAGGAAUUUUUAGACUAGCUAGGAUGGGGUUCGGGUUGUCUUGCUCACGUUUGGAUGGCGCAUAACCGAUAGACCAUGAUUCUCAAUGUGUGCAUAUAUAGGCAAGUAGAUACUCAUCAUUGUAAUUGUUACACGUGGGAGAACAAAAGCGAGACUCUGCUUCACUGAAUACUUCUAGACUAUGUAAGUAGUAAGCGGCGCUGUCAUGGUCGUGUAGGUUUCUCUGGAGGGAUUAGGAUUUCAUUGAAUGGAAGACAUCAAUGGGAGAUGCGUUAUGAGCAAAUGUAACACGAGAA